UGUCACGUCCUUUUAUCUAUUCUGUCAUAUACAUGUAGAUAAAAUAUUUUAUCAUCUGGUUUUGACAAGGCAAAUUUGUUUAAAAUCAGUGCUCAUCAAAUAUGGAACAAUUCAUCAAUAUAAUCCUUAUAUUGAUACUAUCAGCAAACGGAACUGCAAAACAUACCGAUGACUGUCAUGGUAAGGACUGCGUUGCCGUCAGCGAAGCAAUUCAAAAUAUUGGCAGUUACUUCGACGAUCAUCUGUGUCAUGCAUUCAAAGACGUAGACUGCGCUUAUCAUGUAUUAACAAAUGAUGAACAAAUCUGCGGAUCAGACGGAAACACUUACAGUAAUCAUUGUGUCUUCGCAAAGGCACGAUGUGUCAGAGUUCUCGACAAACACAAUUAUGUACACCACCAGCUUGUUAAUCCACUUCUAGUAGCGUCGCACGGACCAUGUGGCGCUUCAACAGUCAAUCCAUCCGCUGAAACGACAUCAAUAAAACUGACCACAGGUUCAACGGGGACUACGUCUGUAUUUACAAACGGCGGAAAUACAGUAAAGGGUACGACCGUGCCAACAACGACUGCGCAGGUGAUAUCAACAAACGCACCAGUUUCAUCAACAACCGCACCAUCUUCUCCAAGGCCUUUUACAGUUUCAACGUCGUUUACACCAUUCUCGGCAACUACAACUGUUUCAACUGCAGUACCAUCUACCACAGUAUCGACACAUAGUAUACUAGGGUCUGUCUUCUGCCAGUUCAAGGGGUCUAUUAACUGUGGCACGGAUUUAACCGUAGUCUGUGGAUCCGAUGGAAAAUUCUAUCCAAACAUGUGCGAACUCUUGAAGGCGAAAUGUGUUAAUGCAACACUUCGAGAAGUUUCAGAUUCAUCUUCCUGCAGCUUGCAUCAUUGAAGAACUUAAAUUCUAUGUAAUAUCGUGGCAUAGAACAAGUGUAAUAAAACUGGCGCUUGUCUUUA